UAGCUACACCUCAUUACAUCCGGUGGAUGAGGUCAAUCUUUCCCCAAAGAUCCGCCAUUUCAGCCUCUGAGUUUUAUAUUGCAAAUUACUUAAGAUAUUUAUUUUAAAACGCCCUGACAAAUAAAUUAUAGAUUUCUCUGGUUGCCACAAUUAAUUCUUAAUUAAGGGGUUAACUGUACUGUUUCGUGGGAGUCUGUGAAAUGUACAUAGAUGUAACGGUUUAAAGCGGUAUCGAUGCCAUGUUUUUUUCCCGGAGCGUGUUCCUUAGUGAACCAAAGUUUUUGUAUGAGUUGAAUCCCGAUUGCGAAUAGGGAGAGGCAAGGGGAAGGCCUUGGAUACUCGCAGUGGAUUUGGAGCCAUGGCCGGGAAUUUUGAUGCCGAGGACCGUGCUAGCUGGUACUGGGGAAGGUUGAGCCGACAGGAGGCGGUUUCUCUCUUGCAGGGUCAGAGACAUGGCGUGUUCCUAGUCAGAGACUCGAUUACCAGUCCUGGGGACUACGUGCUAUCCGUCUCAGAAAACUCAAAAGUCUCACAUUAUAUAAUUAACAGCAUCAGCAACAACCGGCAAUCUGGAUCAGGUCUGGCCCCCCCACGGUUCCGCAUCGGGGAUCAGGAGUUUGACGCCCUACCCGCCCUGCUGGAGUUCUACAAGAUCCACUACCUGGACACCACCACUCUGAUCGAGCCCAUCAGCAAGGCCAAGCAUGCAGGCUUCGUGAGCUGUGCCGCCGCUGCAUCAGGCGGCGCCCUACAGGAGGCAGAGUUUGUUCGCGCCCUCUUCGACUUCCCUGGCAACGACGAGGAGGACCUGCCCUUCCGCAAGGGCGACGUGCUGCGCGUGCUGGAGAAGCCUGAGGAGCAGUGGUGGAACGCGGCCAACCAAGAGGGCCGUGUCGGCAUGAUUCCCGUGCCCUACGUGGAGAAGUACCGGCCUGCCUCGCCCAACUCCUUGGUGGCUCCGGCAGCAGGGAGGCCUGGCGGGGCAGGAGGAGUAGGCGGAGUACCGGCAGGUGUUGGAGCCAGCACUACCGACGGAGCAGCUCCCCAGCUGCCCCCACCUCUGGGGGAGCCGGGCCAGUAUGCCCAGCCUGUGGGCAAUACACCCCUGCCCAACCUGCAGAAUGGGCCUGUCUACGCCCGUGCCAUUCAGAAGAGGGUGCCCAACGCCUACGACAAAACGGCCCUCGCCUUGGAGGUCGGAGACAUGGUAAAAGUGACCAAGAUCAACGUGAACGGCCAGUGGGAGGGCGAGUGCAAGGGCAAGCAUGGCCACUUUCCCUUCACGCACGUCCGGCUUCUGGACCACCAACACCCUGAGGAUGAGAGCUGAGAGAGACACUUAGUCUCACUCCUCACUUCACAAAAUCCCUCUGUGAUUGUUUCUCACAAAUGAUAGAAAGAGCACACAGGAUAUACAGACUACAGUGGUCAGGAGUUGCAACUCAGCAGCUGUUGUUGCCAAUGGGGCUGGAGUACACUCCCCUCCCUUCACAUACACACAGAAUAGAGUUUACACUUCCACCCCAGUAUUGAAGUCCUGAUACACGACACACAGCAGGGUUUAUGACCCCUCUCCCAUGUUAUCCAUGAAAUCCUCCUCUACACACAUACAUACACACGCACACAAUUCAGAUACUUGUGUAUAUGUGGCUUCUCUCACAUACUCAUGGAUCACCCUUUUGUAGUAACGGACUGUGAACUUGGCAGUGAGAAGAGUAGCCACCCUGACUCUUAAUUUUGACUCCCUCUUGUGGAGACAGGUGCUCACUGCGACUGAAACCGACCAUUGCUGCACUUCACAGACAGCAGGAGUUACCACAGCACACUCCACUACUCACCACAGGGGCUCUAACCCAGCCCCUCUCUGCUACAAACCUCACACUACAAACCCCCAAGUCCUCUUUUUGUACUGAAAUGAAAAAUAUUAUGAUAGAAUUAUGACAGGUACAGCAACUGCCAAAAGAAAGGAAACACUUGAGUAAAUGAUGGAUAUAAUGUAUAUUGAAAGCAGGUGCUUUCACACAGGUGCGGUUCCUCAGCAAUUCCUAAGCAAUUAACAUCCCAACAUGCUUAGGGUCAUGUAUAAAAUGCUGGGCAGGCCCGGUUGCCCAUUGUUUUGGCUAACAUGGCUAUGCCCCCAUAGGAUGACAAUGCCCAUCCACAGGGCAUUAAUGGUCACUUAAUGGUUCGAUGAGCAUGAAAACGAUGUAAACCAUAUGAUGUGGCCAUCUGUCACCAGAUCUCAACCCAAUUGUACACUUAUGCGAGAUUCUGGAGUGGCGCUUGAGACCACCAACAAAACACCAAAUGAUGGAAUUUCUCAUGGAAUGGUGUCACAUCCUUCCAAUAGAGUUCCAUCCAGAAACGUGUAUAAUCUAUGGCAAGGCACAUUGAGGCUGUUCUGGCUCAUGGUGGCACAACGCCCUAUUAAGACACUAUUGACGUUUCCUUUUUUUGGGCAGUUAUAUAUAUAUAUAUAUAUAGUACCAGUCAAAAGUUUGGACACACCUACUCAUUCAAGAGUUUCUUUAUUUGUACUAUUUUUCACAUUGUAGAAUAAUAAUGAGACAUCAAAACUAUGAAAUAACACAUGGAAUCAUGUAGUAACCAAAAAUGUGUUAAACAAAUAAAAUAUAUUUUAUAUUUGUGAUUCUUCAAAGUAGCCACCCUUUGCCUUGAUGACAGCUUAUACACUCUUGGCAUUCUCUCAACCAGCUUCACCUGGGAUGCUUUUCCAACAGUCUUGAAGGAGUUCUCACGUUGGCUGCUGUUCCUUCACUCUGCAGUUCAACUCAUCCCAAACCAUCGGUUGGGUGAUUGUGGAGGCUAGGUUAUCUGAUGCAGCGCUCAAUCACUCUCCCUAUUGGUCAAAUUGCCCGUACACAGCCUGGAGAUGUGUUGGGUCAUUGUCCUGUUGAAAAACAAAUGAUAGUCCCACAAAGUGUAAACCAGAUGGGAUGGCGUAUCGCUGCAGAAUGCUGUGGUAGCCAUGCUGGUUAAGUGUACCUUGAAUCCGAAAUAAAUCACAGACAGUGUCACCAGCAAAGCACCAUCACAGCUCCUUCUCCAUGCUUCACGGUGGGAACCACACAUGCAGAGAUCAUCUGUUCACCUACUCUGCGUCUCACAAAGACAGCGUUUUUGCGACUGCUUUUAAACUUUCUAUGUUCUUGAAAUUUUCCGGAUUGACUGACCUUCAUGUCUUAAAUUAAUGAUGGACUGUAGUUUCUCUUUGCUUAUUUGAGCUGUUCUUGCCAUAAUAUGGACUUGGUCUUUUACCAAAUAGGGCUAUCUUCUGUAUACCACCCCUACCUUGACACAACACAACUGAUUGGCUCAAACGCAUUAAGAAGGAAAUAAUUUCCACAAAUGAACUUUUAAUAAGGCACACCUGUUAAUUGAAAUGCACUCCAGGUGACUGCCUCAUGAAGCUGGUUGAGAGAAUGCCAAGAGUGCAAAGCUAUCAUCAAGGCAAAGGGUGGCUACUUUGAAGAAUCUUGAAUAUAAAAUAUAUUUUAAUUUGUUUACCACUGUUUUGGUUACUACAUGAUUGGUUACUAUGUUAUUUUAUAGUUUUGAUGUCUAGACUAUUAUUCUACAAUGUAGAAAAUAGUAAAAAUAAAAACCCUUGAAUGAGUAGGUGUCAACUUCUGACUGGUACUGUAUAUAUAUCAUUACAUGCUAAAUAUUAUGUUAAAUGUUUUGUUUUUUCGUUGCCCUGUGUGUGAACAAACCCUCCCGCUUUGUGUGGUCACUGUUAUGCGUCUAUCUGAAACACUAUGAUGACUGUCUGGGGAGGAAGUGGAGACAUUCCUUAGGACUGUCAGGUAUCGGGCCUUCGUCCAGUCCGCCUCAUUGUUUUGAGAAAUGGUCAUAUAAGGAGGGUAUACACUGGGCAGACAAUGACAGAAACAUUUAAAUAUACCAACACCGCCCUCUCUCCUCUUUGAUUUGCCAAGUCCCCUCCUCUCCCAUCCUGUCAGUCUCCUCCACCUGUCUCAUUCAUUUGUUACAUGGUCUGAUCCAUUUCCUCCCGGACCUCCCCUAUGCUAAAGACACUAGAGGCACCUACAGAUUACAGUUAUGUUUUAGUGUACAUAAAGGCCUUUUGGCAGAUGGAAUCUGUUAACGUCACAUUUGAAAUGAUGCAGACUUAGUUCCCAGCACUGUGAUGCAUAAGUUCACAUUGUCACACUUUACAGAAAGCCACAGCCUUAAUCCUUUGGUGUCUACCCUCCCACGUGGCCGUAGCAAACACAGUAAAUAUUACAAACACGUUUUUAAGUUGACUGAAUUCAUUGUUUCUGUCAGAUACGUUUCAACUGGGAGCUCUAAGUUAGGUCUGGGUUGUAUUUAGUAGGGCACCAUGUUGGAAGUGGUUUAAAAAGUUAUGCAACAGAAAACGAUAUUGAAUGUUUCUUAUCGGACAAGUUUGGGUAGUACCUCCCCGUUUCAAAACCUUUCCUCCCGACUGAACAUGACCACGUUAAUUUCCCUAGUGUCUCCCUUUAGUGCCAAUCUAUCAUCCUCUCACCCAGUACCUACCCUCUGGGCACAGUUAUGACACAUCCAGCCACUGACGUGCCAGAUACACCGCAGUAUGCUAAACGUCCUCAUCAGAUGAUUACACUACAUUGCUAAAGGACUGUGUGGGUGAAAGGCACAUCGAUCAUAGUAACAUGGGUAGGUAUAUUGACCAAUCGUAGGCACAUGUGAGUGUUUUAGGCCAAUCAUCAUCAUUUGGGGAGGGUCUGUUUAUUUUGUCCUUUCUACCUCGUCUGAAUUGUUUUAAUUGAUGUUAAUUGUCUUUCCAAAAUAGGAAAAUAACAUGACCUGAAGUGCCAGGCGCAGUUCAUCUGUAUUUUUGUGGAAAUGUUGGUAGAUUUUAUUUCCUUAUUUUUUGGGGUUGUUUUUUUUGCCAACCGAACAAUUAUAGUCCAAACACUCCUUACUCCCUCAACUAUACCCUGUGGUAUUACUGUGUAAAUGUGCAUAGUUGCUCAACUUUCCCAACAGUGUAAGAACCUACGUUCCUUCCAAGUCCAUGUCUAUGAAGCUGCAAGACUUUUUAAUAACGCUAAGAGGGAGAAUAUUAAUUACAAGCCCUGUGUAGAUGUUUCCUAUGUUAAAGUUUACAAAGACACUACCGUUUGCUCUAUUGAAGGCAGCACUGAGGGCAAUCUGCAUAACUUGUGUUGGCUGCAGAAUCAUUGCAUUUACGAGACAAUGAACAGUUAAAAUGUGUCUGUAAAAGUUUGAAUGGUUUUAUGCUCUGUAUGUGAUAUAAACAGAGUUCAGUGACAGGAGGAGUAGUAAGGCAAGAGGAUGAUUGAACUAUGACACACUACAGAAAGCACCAGGGUUGUGUUCAGUAGGGUACAAAGUAGCAACAUAUUUUGCGAAGGGGGUAAAACAAAUAGUUCUUACUGGUCAAGUUCAGGUAGUAGGCUACCUCCCAGUUUCACUGUUUUGUUUUCUCCCUACUGAAUCAGACCACAACCAGACUCGUGUUGCCCGGGUUAAAUAGUAUUUCUAUAUGUUUUAAUGAAUUAGAAAUUAUGCAAUCUGUAUUUAGCAAUGACAGAGAGAUUUACACAAAUAAAUGAAUGACAAACUCAAACUGAAAAUAUGACAUUAAACUGCCUGACCGAGUUCUCCUAUUGCAUAACUUUGAAUUAUUUGUUUAAGUCAAUACUGCAGAUUGGGAAGGGUGCUGUGGACAUAUAUCUGGCACCUCUCAUUUCCCCGUACUAGUUUUCUUGAAAGGAAACAAAUAAUUGAUGUGCUUUCUGUUGGUCUUUGGCUUUUUAAUGUUGUCCUCUGGUAUGGCACUGAUGGGUAUGUAUUUUACCAUUAUGUUCAUAGUGUAAGACGUUGUUGUACUUUGUUUGGUUAACAUUGCUCAAAUGUUCUCAAACAUUUCCCAUCAACACCAUUCUGCAAUGUGUUGCCAGUUGAGCCAGGUCAUGUUGUGUCUGUUGUACUUGCAUGUUGCAUCCAGUGACACCCGUCUGUCAUCCAACCAUCUCAGGCUUGCCUUGAAGAGACUGUCUCCAUUUCAUAGAGGGCCAUGAUCAUAUGAUACCGUUUUGUCUAGUGGAGUAUAGGCCAGUCAGGUUAAGCAACUUUCGCCCUUGGACCAACGAAUACUUGGAUUUUAAUGAGUGAUUUUAAAAUGGUGUCCUUUCACAAACAUUUUUCAACGUUGAAUCCCUUUUCUGCACCUUAUCUCUUAUAUUGCCUCUGUUACUGAUGAUUGUUUUUUUAUGCCUCAUCAUCAUUCAUGCCAAACUGCCAAACUGUUUUCAUUCUCCUGUAUUUUUGUAGGUAAUUCUACAGAAACUGAAUUACGCUGAGACUCUGGUUUAAAAAAAUAAAGAAAUGUUAUGCCAAACAAAAAAUAUUUUAUUUUUAAGUUUAAUAACAAACCAUACAACUAUGCACAAUGACUAAUUUGAACAAUAUAAACAGUAAAUUACAAAAAAAAAAUAAUACAUUUACUGGAAAAACUAUCUGCACAGUUCUUCCUGUAAAUAUAUUUUGUAAAAAUGUAUAAGUAGUCAUUGUGCAUAGAGUUUGUAUGGUUAAACGUUGAAAUUAACUUGUUUGGUGUACAUUUUUUAAAGUGAAAUCUCAGCGUAAUUCCAUUACAUGAAAUUUCCUUAUCCCAAUUUUCCUUUCGUGCCAUCCCUUUUCUUUUGAAGAGGACAGGAGUGGGUGAAAAUAUAAAUAAUUGAUUUUAAGAUGUUCCAUUGUGAUAUAACACUAUUAUUUGAAGUUCACAUUUUACCUUUUAUUUUCUGUAGCAUGUAAUGUGUUAAUAUCCUUAGUAAAUAAAAACCUAUUACAAUUGUGUCAA